AUGGCUCCAAAAGAAAAAAGAGGUGCUAAUGUGAGUCCUCCAACGCGGCUGAUAAAUUAUUCAUCCUCUCCAACUGCUGUUCCGAAAAGAAAUUCUACAUCAUCAAGGAGAAGCACUCUCACUCCGGAAGAAGGAUCAAAGAGAAAGAGAUCCACUAGACAGAGUCAACAACAGCCUUUUCAUCCACCACCGUCCAUAGAAGAAAGGUCUCCCUCACAACAACAACGAAGAUCCUCUCUCAAAAGGAAGCAGGAUGAUUCAUCCUCCGAUUCGAGUUAUGAAGAAGAAUUUAAAGAAGCUCGUCCCUAUCCAACGAAAGAAAAGAGAAAAAAGCGCAAAACUCCAACAACAACUCAACACGAAGAUGGCAAUUCAAUCAUUGUGGAUGACAUCUUGGUGCAUUUUCUCAAAAAACGAGUGCAAGAAGAGUCCACAGCAGAAAAGUCAGGAACACCAAAGCACAAACAAUAUUCAUUGAAUUCAACUGCUCAGUCGAACCAACCCACAGGAGGUCGAUCAAGAAGAUUUAAGAACUUUAAGGGCAUUCAAAAUGAGCUUGUAGAAAAGGCGAAACUGUCUGUGCAAUCGUCUUUUUCAACACCAGCUCAAUAA